AUGCCGCCCACGAGGCACCGCACAGAGAAGAGAACCCGCCCACUCUCUCGUGUCCCUCGAAAGCAGCACCAGUUCCUCGGCCUCGAACUGCCCCACGAGCGAGUGUUCCGCGGCAGCUUCCACGUGCGGAACGGAGACAGAUGGUCGCCCCAGCUGUCGGACCCGAGCAACCCUUCCUACAUCACGACCGCCGAGGCUUACACCGGCCGACUCGAUAGCGUGUACAAGAACUCGGUCUUCAAGAAUGUGUUCAUCCGCGCUGAAGUGUUGGGCUUCGAUAGAGACGAGGACGAUUCCCUGGUGGUGCACUUCAACCUGCACGUCAACUACCGCCGCCUGCACCUGGACGCGGCCGACCUGUACCUCGUCCUCAUGUCGGAGAUCAGGAGCUCCAACUCGGUCGCUCUCCACGGGAUCACUAUCGACGAGGAGACGGUCGAGAUACAAGAAUCCAGCUGA